AUGAUGCUGAAGAUGAAGAUUAGAAGGGAUGAUGAGGGGAUGAUGUUGAAGAUGAUGAAGGGAAUAUAAAGAUGAUGAUAAAGAUGAAGAAGAUGAUGGUGAUGGACAGAGCAUAUGAUGAUGAAGAUGAUGAAGAUGAUGAAGAUGAUGAAGAUGAUAUGCUGGCUCAGCACCAGCCGGCCCGGGAGGACCAUCGUCUAAGAAGCGAGACGCCCUCUACUUUAUGCAACACUUCUGUCACCAAAGUGUGUGUGUUCAGUCAUCUGGAGCUCGACAACUCAGCAAGCUAAUGCGUCCCAAUGAUGAGUUAUGCUGAAAAGACAGAAGACAUCACCAGAGAAGAGUGGAUGGAGAAACUGAACAACGUGCACAUACAGAGGGCGGACAUGAACCGGCUCAUCAUGAACUACCUGGUGACAGAGGGAUUUAAGGAGGCAGCGGAGAAGUUUCGGAUGGAGUCCGGUAUCGAGCCGAGUGUGGACCUGGACUCUCUGGACGAAAGGAUAAAGAUUAGAGAGAUGAUCCUGAAGGGACAGAUACAAGAAGCCAUCGGACUCAUCAACAGCCUUCACCCGGAGCUGCUCGACACCAAUCGAUACCUGUAUUUCCAUCUGCAGCAGCAACAUUUGAUUGAGUUAAUCAGGCUAAGGGAGACUGAGUCAGCGCUGGAGUUCGCCCAGACACAACUGGCCGAGCAAGGGGAGGAGAGCAGAGAGUGUCUGACAGAGAUGGAGAGGACACUCGCCCUUCUGGCUUUUGACAACCCAGAGGAUUCGCCCUUCGGAGACCUGCUCAACAUGAUGCAGCGGCAAAAGGUGUGGAGUGAGGUGAACCAAGCUGUGCUGGACUAUGAAAACAGGGAGUCUACGCCCAAGCUGGCGAAACUCCUGAAGCUCCUGCUGUGGGCACAGAACGAGCUCGACCAGAAGAAGGUGAAAUAUCCCAAAAUGACUGACCUCAGCACGGGAACCAUCGAGGACCCCAAGUGAAAAUAACGGAAAACACACAACCACCUUCCACGUCUCCUUAAUUUAUAAUCAGUCAGUGACUGUGUGACAACCAGGUAACAUAUAUGUAUAAAAUAAUACUACAUUGUUUUUAUUUUCCAUGUUGCAUCCAUGAGAAGUAAGACUUAUAGACUCAUUGUGUAAACUGUAAAUUGCUGUAGUUGCAAAGCGACAGAAAUUAUCUACUUUAAAUACAAAUCCUGGAUUUUCAGACGGAUCUCGGAGACGACAAAAUUCAGACUGCUGUUUUCAUAUUUUGUUUUUCCAAAGCUUAAGUCAGUAUUAAUUCCCCCCGACAAUAAUUUACCCAGAAAGAGAGAGUUGACGGUGAAAAAGAACAACGGUAAUACUGUGGUGGGUGAGGAACCGGAAUCCAGGCUGAACUGUAACGAUGCAAACUCUGAAACAGCAGAUACACAAUUAGCCUUUUUAAUGAAGAUGUGUUUAGACUGAAAUGAAGCAUUCAUCUUAACAUAAAUUCAAAUUCUAAAUUUCUUACUUAAAAUGUUAAUACUUUUCAAUUAAAUGGAGAAAAUACGCUUUAUAAUGUAAUAUAAUUUUAAUUUAUAUAAUAUUUUACAGAUUUGUGUUCAGUAUGGUGUUUGGCGAUUUGCUGUAGCAUCAGUCAGUUGCUUCCUACUCCUGAGGAUCUGAUGAUUGUAUGUGCACAGUGUCGGUGGCGUGAACGACCUCAAAGGAGGGGAAACAGGUUCUGAGUGAAAUCAGAGACGCCCAAUGUCUGAUUUUGGUUUUUACAUCAGUGGGGUUGAGGUGAUGAUGUUAUUCAAAUUUCAAGCUUCAGCCGGUCUCACAUAUGUAAGCAGGGUUCCCACGCUGCGUGAGACAAAGGCCUGCUAAGGAAUGAGGGAGCUGUCAUGUUUGCUCUCUAGUUUAAAACUGUCUUUAAAACUGUCAGACUGAAAAUGAGUUGGAGUUUUUGUUAACGAAGGUCAGAAAGAUGGACUUUCUUAUCUGCGCUGGUUAAUUAAAGAACUUUCUGUCCAUUUUGCCACUUUUAAAACCGUUUUUCACUUUAUUGCAUGCAAGUGUUUUGUUUGUUUGUUUGUUUAUUUGCAAUGUGGAAAAGGCACUUGUGCUUGUUUACUUUUUUUUAUUUGGUUUACUUUCAUAAAACAAACUUGCUGCUAGCUGUCCAUCCUUUAUUUCUUUUAAUGUUGCAUUGUCUUUAUAUAUAUAGAGAUAUAUAUUGGAUUUUACAAACGCAAAAACCCAGAGAGAUCACACCCCUUUUUAUUAUUCAACAUUUUUAAGAAGUAUUGAAAUAAACAAAACUUUUGUGAACCAUAAAA